GUUCUUUCCCACAAGUUGCAGUGGCAGUGGCACCCCAAUCCAAUCCUCUCCUCCUCCUCCUCCUUCUUCCUGUGUUGAGGGCAAAGGACAACAACAUCAACAACAACAACCACAAGUAGAAGCUACAUAAGGAGUGAGCGAGUGAGAAUGAGCACGGAAGAACGAACAUUGAAGCUGGUGGGGCCAACAGAAACCUUCGAAAUCGACAAGGAUCUCACUCUUGUCCCACGCAUAAAGCUGAACCUCACUGUGUACCCUUCAACACCCUCUACUCUCACUAACCCUAUCGACGAGUGGAAGAUGAAGCGCGCUCUCAUCGACUUCCUCAAAACCUCUCAUUCCCUCUCUCUCCCAGAAGACGACCUUCAAAUCAAGCGAUUCAGGGACCUCAAGAAGCGCAAGCGCGACGACCCAGUUGCCGCCGGCACCCUCCGCAUCUGGGACCUCGACUUCCUCGAAAAGGGUAACGGGGAAUUCUUGGAGUGGAGGAAGCAUCUGGUGGAGAACAUGGAUGGGAUCGAGUUGAAUCUCGAAGGGGUUAAGUUCAAGCUUGCUGUUUCUCUUCCAGUUUCCGAUGAUUUUGAAGGCAUGAAGAAAGCUUGGGAAGAGUUUUAUGCCUUUCAAAAUCGGGGCUUUAAUAGAGUGAAUCGUGAACCUGAUACAAUCAUUCUCAAGGGUGUGCCUUCGCGCUGGUUUGCUGAGCCCAGAGUUUCCUCUAAGCCUUCCAUGCUCGUUACUCAUACCAUCUUUUCAACAUUUGGCAACAUAAGGAAUCUUUAUGUUGCGGAGGAUGAUGAUCUUGGCAAGGAUGCAAGCGAAAAUGGUGGAGACCUAGUUUCGGGCCUUUACUGCAAGAUUGUGGUUCAGUUUGAGAAAUAUAAAGACUUCCAUGACGCAUUGAGUGUUUUGUGUAGUCGCUCAUUGCAAAAGGAAGGAUCACGAUUAAAGGCUGAUUAUGAGGUUAGUUGGGACAAAGAUGGAUUUUUUCGGAAUUCAAGGAAUCAAACAAAGGAGAUGAAUGGCGUAGCAUCUGCAGUGGCAGCAGACCAUUACAGAAGUGAAGCUCCCAGGCGUCAGGCCUACAACUCUCGCCAUAGUCCAGAUAAUGUGCGCCAGAGGAGAUUCAAGGAAUAAGAACUAGAAAGCUUCUUUUUUGGGGUCAACUCUGAAAGCAUUUAGUUAUGGACUGAACUCAAGUUUAGACUCGUAGAAUGCACUGGUAUGUGAACUGCAUACAAUUUAUUGGGGUCAUUCAUUGACUUGGGCAUUUUGGGGUCUACCCAAGUGCAUAAGGCUGGAUAAUGGGAUUGGAUUAUCUUCAGAGAUCAGCUGUAAUAACACUUUGUAAUUCAAUGCUCCAAAUUAUGGUUUAGAUUUGAGUAAUUGAAACACUUCUCUUUUACUGGUCGAUAUUCUUGUUCUAAAUAUCCUUCCUUUUCCUUUGACGCAUUGCAGUCAGUUAUCAUUCUUAGAUGGUACUUGUUUUGGUGAGCUUUUCCUGAACGAAUAUCUUUGUUUCCUUCAUUGUUGGGCCAAAAUAUAUCAGGUUGGCUGAAUUAAGUUAAUAUCAUUCGGGAUGUGUUGUAAAAUGAUAGGUUGAGAAGAAUUCUCUCGACUCACUG